AAAAAAAAAAAAAACCAAUUGACCUCAAGACCUCAGUGAAAAACAAGUAUUUCAACAGCUUUUUCUUCUUCACAUCUUUUUAACUUCUAUAAUUUCAUACACAUCAAGACCUCUCUUUUUCUUUUCAUCUCUCCCUAACCUCUUCCAGUUUCUUUAUCCGAGAACUUUGAUACUUUACUUCUGCUACGCUAUGAGUCCUAAUAACAGAAUCCAGGGAGGAACUGUGGUUGAAAUGCCGAGGGUGAUGAAAUGACACGCAUCAUUUGGGAUGUCAUUCGAGACAAGCUCAUCCUUCCUUAUGUCGAUUUAGACAUCAAGUUCUUUGAUCUGGGAAUCCAGCAUCGUGAUAAAACUGAUGAUCAAGUCACGAUCGAUGCCGCUGAGGCAAUCAAGAAAUACAAGGUCGGAAUCAAGUGUGCUACGAUCACUCCGGAUGAAGCCCGUGUCAAAGAAUUCAACUUGAAGCAGAUGUGGAAGUCGCCUAAUGGAACAAUUCGUAAUAUCCUUGGAGGCACAGUAUUCCGUGAGCCGAUUAUUUGCAAAAACAUCCCAAGGUUGGUCCCAGGAUGGACCCAGCCCAUUGUCUUGGGACGUCACGCUUUUGGUGACCAGUACAAGGCUACCGAUUUGGUCGUAGAUGCCCCCGGUCGCUUGGAACUUGUUUUCACACCCAAGGACGGAUCUGAAAUAAAAAGCUUUGUCGUCUAUGACUUUGAGGGUCCCGGUGUUGCUUUGGGCAUGUAUAACCAUGGUGAGUCAAUCAGAGGAUUUGCUCACUCUUGCUUCAAAGUGGCCUUGGACAAGAACUACCCUCUCUACAUGUCCACCAAGAACACGAUCUUGAAGAAGUACGAUGGUCGAUUCAAGGAUAUCUUCCAGGAAAUCUAUGACCGUGACUACAAACAACAGUUUGAAGCUAAAAAGAUCUGGUAUGAGCAUCGCCUCAUUGAUGAUAUGGUUGCUCAGAUGCUAAAGUCUUCUGGUGGGUUCGUUUGGGCUUGUAAGAACUAUGAUGGAGAUGUCCAGUCAGAUAUUGUUGCUCAAGGUUAUGGUUCGCUUGGUCUGAUGACCUCAGUUCUGUUGACGCCUAAUGGUCAGUGUUGCGAAGCAGAGGCUGCACAUGGAACUGUGACACGCCAUUAUCGUGAACACCAACGUGGUCGUGAGACCUCGACCAAUUCUAUCGCAUCCAUCUUUGCCUGGACUCGAGGACUCGAGUUCCGUGCCAAAUUGGAUCAGAAUGCCGCUUUACUCGACUUUGCACUUCAGUUGGAGCGCGUGUGCAUUGAGACGAUCGAGGCAGGACAGAUGACCAAGGACUUGGCUCUGAUCAUCCAUGGCGAUAAGCUGAAGCGUGAACAUUACCUCAACACAUUUGAAUUCUUGGAUCGUUUGGCUGAGAACUUGCAAAAGAAGCGCGGACGCAAGUCAGCUUUGUAGGGCAAAUAAUCUUUUUUUUUUUUUGUGUGUGUGUGUGUGUGCAAUGGAG